AUGCCGACAAAGACCAGCAGCCAAACGGAUGUACAUACUGGUGAAAACCUGACAUUCAAGCAGCUUCGAGAUAAAUCUUACAGUUUCGCUAAUGCUCUCAAACUACUGGGUGCUAAAAAAGACGAUAUUGUGAUUGUAUGCCUGAAAAACUGUUAUCAUUAUGCUGUCAUCUUUCUGGGUAGUGCGCUCGUCGGAUGCUCCAUAUCAGGCAUCCAUCCGGAAUCCACCCUACAUGAGCUUGAAAAAGCUCUGAGCUUAACAAGUGCCAAAUAUCUGGUUGUGUCAUCUCAUAACUAUCACAUCGCCAUCAAUUCUCCUAUGCAAUGCGAGUUAAUAGUUGUGGACAAACAUUUUGCUCAAUUUGGGAAGGAUUUCGAUAGUUUGAUCAAAAAAUGGGAGCAUACUUCAGUUGAUCCCAGUGAGAAAGACAUUACUCUGGAUGACAUACUGUUAACACCUUUUAGUAGUGGUACUACUGGAUCAGCGAAAUGUGUCCAACUAACUCACCGUAAUUUCAACCUUGCAACUGCUACUCUCAAACAGGCCUUAUUUGACAAGUUAUCAGAAGGCCGUCGACGUGUAACUAUUGGCGCAUUACCGUUUUAUCAUGGUUCCGGAUUCUGGGCAUUAUGUUAUUGCUUACUGGAAGGACAUCAAACCAUUAUAAUGGAACAUUUCCAUCCUGCAAUAAUGUUAAAUUGUAUUGAGAAUUAUAAAAUCGAUACACUAAACGUGGUACCAGCAAUACUCGAGAAUCUUUGCCAAGAUGAAAUCCCAACUAAGCAUUGGGAUUUAUCAUCAUUAACGACCGUAUUAUGUGGAAGUGCUCCUUUGGGUAAAGAACUCAUCAAACGAUUUCUGGAUAAAUUCCCUCAUGUAAUUAAUCUAAUACAAGGUUACGGUAUGACGGAAAUAGUGGUUCUAAGUCAUAUAACACCGCUGAAUACACCGAUGGAUGAUGACAGUUGUUUAGGAAGUUGUGGGAAAUUGCUUCCCGGUUUCGAGGCUAUGCUGGUUGACGAAGAGACUGGUGCAGUGCAGAACGAAUCAUGGAAACCUGGCGAACUCUUGUUACGAUCAGAAGCCAUUAUGAAAGGUUAUUUGAACAAUGCAGAAGAAACCAAAAAAGUUAUCGACAGCAACAAAUGGUUACAUACCGGUGAUGUAAUGUAUUUUGAUCCCAACGGCUUCUAUUUCGUUAUAGAUCGAAAGAAGGAUUUAAUCAAGGUUAAUGGUAUGCAGGUGUCACCAACUGAACUGGAAGAUAUCUUGAAAUGUCACGAGAAUGUCAGUGAUGCAGUUGUUGUAGGUAUUCCGGAUAAGGAUCAUGGACAGGUUCCAAAAGCAUUUGUUGUACUGGUGAAUAAUGAAACAGCUGAUCAUCAAUCCGGAGAACUUAUUAAAUACGUAAAUGACCGAAUAGCGCCAUAUAAGCAACUACGUGGUGGUAUACAGAUAGUACGUGGAUUGCCAAAGACGCCAAAUGGCAAAAUAUCACGAAGAGACUUACUGAACAUUGAAUUUUAA